UUUGUCACAUUUGAACAGCUGCGAGGGAGGAGAUUCUGCAGCGGGGAAGACUGUGCCUUUUGCAAGGUAGGAAAAGAGGGAUAUAUUGGGGGGGGGAGGGGGCUCCCGAGCCAGAGCAGCUGCUUUGCAGGAGAGAAGCCCUCCGGGAGAGGAGCAUGCACGGGGUUGCACCCCACAAAUAGGCCCCCAAAGAGCUGUGGGGAGAGCAAAGGACCUCGAGGGCUGCAGGGGCGCCCCAGGAGGAGAGCAAGGCAAGAAGGCGAGGCGGGGGGGAGAGGGAGUUUUAGGGUGGGGUAGGAACCCCCCCCCCAAAGGAAAGGGGGCAGGAUGGCUCUGGGGAGAGGAGGACGGAGGCAUGGAUGUUUUGGAGAAAGAGGGGUCAAUGCUGGGUAGAGAGGGCAGGAUUAGACCAAGGGGGGUUCUUGGGUUGGGGGCUUUCUGCCUGCUGAGGAGAUGCUCCGCUCUUGAGCUACAGCCCCUUCCCUUAAAGGGGGGGGGGGCAGCCGUGUUACAGCUCCAGGCUGGCAGACAGGAAAAGAAGCCAGGAAAGGAAAGGAAUGUUUUGAAAGUUGGUGGGAAGAAGAUCCUCUUUCAGGCGUGACUCCACUUUCCUCACAUGGUGGGGUUCAGGAGUGGGGACUCUCCUCUUUUAUCAUGGAGGCUGUAAGUCGGAGCUCCAAACCUAGGCAGGCUUAUCUUUCACCAACAAAAUACGAUGGGUGGGAAAAUACCUGCAGGGCCUCUGAGGCUGCCUUUGUUUCUAUCUCCAGUGUGGUGUAGUGGUUAAGAGCGGUGGACUCGUAAUCUGGGGAACCGGGUUCGCGUCUCCGCUCCUCCACAUGCAGCUGCUGGGUGACCUUGGGCUAGUCACACUUCUCUGAAGUCUCUCAGCCCCACUCACCUCACAGAGUGUUUGUUGUGGGGGAGGAGGGGAAAGGAGAAUGUUAGCCGCUUUGAGACUCCUUCGGGUAGUGAUAAAGCGGGAUAUCAAAUCCAAACUCCUCUUCUUCUUCUUCUCCCUCCCUCCCUCCCUCCCUCGAACCUGCAGUUUCUGAGAUCUUCAAUCCAAGAGAGGAUGGAAGGAGGAAGAUGGACGGUUGACCUGGUCCGGCUGUCUCCUGCAUCCCUCCCCACAACCUUUGAAUGUUCCCUCCCAGGACCCUCAGAGACAUCUGGUGAGUUGCAGGGAAUGGAGAUGGGGACAUGGAGGGAUGCUGGGAGUGAGGAAGCUCCCCUUGCAAGAAAACGAGGAAGGCUGCAGGGCCAGAGCUCCUGGCUGGCAGAGAGUAAAGAUAGGCAGGAAAGGAAUGUUUUUAAUGGUGGUGUGAAGAAGAUCUUCUUUUAGGCAUGACUCCAGGUUUCUUCUCUGGUGGGUCUCAGGAGAAAGACACCCCACUUUUACCAUGGAAACUGUGAGUAGGAGCUCCACACAUGGGGAGGCUCCCACAGCCUAGUUGGUAGCCCCACCUUGGACAAAAGAUUCCUGCAUUGCAGGGGGUUGGACUAGAUGGCCCUCAUGGUCCCUUCCAACUCUACAAUUUUAUGGUUCAUCCAGGAUUGAUUUGACCCACUGGGGUGACAAUUUGUGUCCAUUUUCACAGCAUCUCUCCUGCAAGCUUUCUUUGUAGGAGCUUAGAUGGGAUGUUGAAUCAGUCCCACCCCCCACUCAAUGGAGCACAUCAAAGUCCCACAAUCAUCUCAGAAUUAAUAGGCAUUCUGGAAAUAAUAUUAUAAUGUGUUUAUUAGAAACAGGGAUGCCACCAGGGAGAGUUUGACCUCAUUAGAAACCCUUCCUUUGCUUUGUCCCCCUGAAGAUGUUGGAGAUUAGAACUAAAGAGCAAUGCCUAUGUUAGGAACUUGGCCCGGGGUGGCCUUCAGCUCUGAUCCAUUUCUGGCCUGCAGAUGUAUAAAGGCAGCUCGCUGUGACUUGCCCUGCUCUCAGGCUUGGUUUGCAAAAGAGCCACGAACCCAUGACUGUUCCAGCUGCCACCAAAAGGCUUUGUUGGGUGAGGGAAACAUCACUGGCCAGUAUGGGCCAGUGCCAUCUGUCUGAUAAUGGCAAAGGCGCUCUUGCUCCUCAAGCAUAGUAAUAAGAGCAUAAUAAACGUAAAACAGCAGCUCAAAGGGGAACACCUUGAUGGGGGCCUGGAGGCUGCCUGGCAGCUGCCGCCAUUGGGGGAUGAGGGACUGAAAAUACUCCUUCUCAGCAAGGCACACAGCUGCAUUUUGCAGCAACCAGCCAUGAGGGGCUUCCAAGCCUUGCUGAGAUUGUAAUGGGGAUUACACUCUUAAUUUGGAUCCUCUCUUAGUUUCUGCAGGCGGUGGACAGGACAGCCAUUGUUCCCGGGUCUCAUCAGAAGCAACCGGGCACGAUAAAGGCAUUCUUACACAGCCUGAUGACAGCCAGCGAAUCCCAGUUCAGGAGAAACACCGCCAGGGAGAGAAAACAAAUCAGUGCCCAUUGUGUGGCAAAGCGUUCAGAAGCAAAUCUGCCCUCAACUCACAUUGCAGAAUCCACACGGAAGAGAAAGCACACAAAUGCUUGGAGUGUGGAAAGAGCUUCCGUAAGCAUUCACAACUUACUGAACACGAGCGAAUCCACACAGGAGAAAAACCGUUCAUAUGCUCGGAGUGUGGAAAGGGCUUUCAUCGUAGCAGCUCCUGCAGUAGACAUUAUGAAAUUCACAGGCCAGGGAAACCCUAUAAAUGCUUGGAAUGUGGAAAAGGUUUCUUUCGCCGCUCACAGCUUAUAGUACAUCAAAAUAUUCACACAGGGAAGAAACCAUAUGCCUGUCUAGAGUGUGGAAAGGCCUUCACUAGCAGCUCAGGCCUUGUAGAUCAUAAAAAAAUUCACACAGGGGAGAAACCGUAUACCUGUUUGGACUGUGGAAAGACCUUCUGUCAAAGUUCAAGCCUUGCAAGGCAUCAAAAAAUCCACACAGGGGAGAAGCCAUAUAAAUGUUUGGAGUGCGGAAUGAGCUUCGCUCACAGCUCAAGUCUUACAUCGCAUCAAAGAAUUCACACUGGGGAGAAAUCUUAUAAAUGUUCGGAGUGCGGAAGGAGCUUUGCUCACAGUGUUAGCCUUACUUCACAUAAGAGAACCCACACAGGGGAGAAACCAUAUAAAUGCUUGGAAUGUGGAAAGAGCUUCAGUCAGGGUUCACACCUUAGUUCACAUAAGAGAACUCACACUGGUGAGAAGCCGUAUAAAUGCUUUGAGUGUGGGAAGAGCUUCAGUCAGAGUUCACAACUUACUGUGCAUGAGCGAAUCCAUACAGGGGAAAAACCAUAUAAAUGUGUGACAUGUGGAAUGAGCUUUAGUAACUGCACAAACCUUGUUCGCCAUCGCAGAAUACAUUCAGAAGAGAAGCCAUAUAAGUGCUUUGAGUGUGGAAAGAGCUUCAGUCAGGGUUCACACCUUAGUUCACAUAAGAGAACUCACACUGGUGAGAAGCCGUAUAAAUGCUUUGAGUGUGGGAAGAGCUUCAGUCAGAGUUCACAACUUACUGUGCAUGAGCGAAUCCAUACAGGGGAAAAACCAUAUAAAUGUGUGACAUGUGGAAUGAGCUUUAGUAACUGCACACACCUUGUUUGCCAUCGCAGAAUCCAUACAGGAGAGAAGCCAUAUAAGUGCUUUGAGUGUGGAAAGAGCUUCAGCCAGGGUACAAGCCUUCAUAUACAUCAAAAAAUUCACAGAGGUGAAAAACCGUAUGCAUGUUUUGAGUGUGGAAAGAGCUUCACUCAAAGCUCACAGCUUAAAUGUCAUCAAAGAAUUCACACAGGGGUGAAACCAUAUAGAUGUUUUGAGUGUGGAAAGAGAUUUGCCUGUAGAUCUAGCCUUACUUCUCAUAGAAGAACUCACAUGGGAGAAACCAUAUAAAUGCUUAGAAUGUGGCAAACAGUUCGGUGGCAUACAUAAAUAGUUUUUCCCACACUUUUGGCAAGUCUUGACCUAUACUACAUAACAAAAAGGCUUCUGGUUUUUUAGCAAAGGUUAUCUUAAACAUUCUUGACAUUUUGUUAUAAAUCAUUUCCUAAUAAUCUUUUAUUACUUUACAAUUCCACCACACGUGAUAAAACGUACCUUCUUGGGAAAGAAAGGGUUUAAUCAUUCCUGGAAAUCUCCUGGGGUGCGAGGGGGCAGGCUGACCCCCGGUCGCCUCAACGGCUCGCUCCCGCGCAGAUCAGCAUGGGGGCAGAUGGAGGUGUUGAGUCAUCACCUUUGCAACCCCCUCGGACUGCCAUCAAAAGCAGACGUUCUCCUUAUAAGUGGAUUUUAAUUGGUAUUAAAUAAUGGCGUGCGCUGGAGGAUAUGUGGACACUAGAACUUUGCACUAUCCAGCUGCACGUUACUGGAACUCCCUAAGUUUAUGAUUUGACAAGCCUCCCCAAAUACAAGUUUAAAGAGAUACAAGCGUAGAUGGUUUGAUGUACUGUGUACUUUAAUAAUUAUAAUAAUUUAUUAUUUAUACUCCGCCCAACUGGCUGGGUUUCCCCAGCCACUCUGGGCAGCUUCCAACAAAACACUAAAAUACAGUAACCUAUUAAACAUUAAAAGCUUCCCUAAACAGGGCUGCCUUCAGAUGUCUUCUAAAGGUUUGGUAGUUAUUUUUCUCUGACAUCUGGUGGGAGGGCGUUCCACAGGGCGGGUGCCACUACUGAGAAGGCCCUCCCUGUAACUUGGCUUCUCGCAGCAAGGGAACCCCCAGACCUUGACAUUUAAAAGAAGAUUUAAAGCUGUGUGUGGUUUUAAAGGAGUGAAGGUGGGGAGAACACCCCCCCCUACUACUGAUGGACUACAUGGAACUGGCGGAAAUGACUGGCAGAAUCCGAGACCAGGGAGAAGAGUCGGUGGAAGAAGAUUGGAAAAAAUUCAAAGUAUACUUACAGAAACAUUGUAAAAUUAAUGAGUGUUAGAAGGAUGCUGGAAUGAAGUUAUAUGGUUUUAGUAGAAAUGCAAGAAAGAAUUAAGUAAAAGCUGAUUGAUAACGGGUUAAAAUGAAAAAUUUAAGGUUAGAUCGUUAAGAUAAAUUAUAGGGAAAAAAUUGAGAAAGAUGGGAAGAAUUUGCUGAAAUAGUGAAUUGAACUAGAAUGCAAAAAGGGAGGUGUGAGGAGGUCGAUGAAACAAGUAAAGGAAAGGUAAAGAUAUAGAAUAUUGGAUGUGUUUUAGUUUUUUUCCUUUGUUUCCUUUUUGCUGUAUUGUAUUGUUUUUCUAUGUUUUUUUCUUUUUUAUUGUUGUCUUUUUUCCUUUUUCUGUAAUUUCUAAACUUUUAAUAAAUAUCAUUU